AGCGGUGAAACGAGGGGCGAGAGUGGCAGAGUUUCCGUUAUCCAUUCAUCUUCUCUUUGGGGAAAAUUUCAUUUCUCUAUUCGAAUUCUGCGAAUUAGGGUUUUGGGUAACAUCUGCUCUCCCGAAUCAAAUCGACUCAACCAUGGUUUCUGAUUCGAUCACGGGUGCUUCGAUUCACGCGGCCUCGAGCCUGAAGGAUUUUGGGAGGAAGAAGAGGACGAACAGGUCUGCCAAAUUGAAGCAGUGCAAGCUGGAUGCUCGUCGCGAGCAAUGGCUCUCUCAAGUGAAAAACAAGGGAUGCAAGGAGGAAUCGGAUGGUGGUGUUGGUGGAGGAACUCACGUUCCGCACAUGCAUGUGCGCAAUGGGAGAGAUAAUUCAUUCGGUAAUUUUGAGAUGAAUCCGAGAGGCGAAGAGAAUGACGGAUCAAUCCACCAUGACAGUGAUUCAGAGUCCCCUUCGAACAGUCCUACCAGCAGUAGCAGCGUGUUAAGCAGCAAAAACUCGGUUAUGAAUUACUCUGGCAGCAGCGCUAGCAGUAGCAGCGGGGGGAGUUUUUCAGGGAACAUAUCGGAAGAAGAAAGGGAAGAUGGGUGUUUGGAUGAUUGGGAGGCUGUUGCGGAUGCUUUGGCUAUCAAGGACAAGCAACACAGCCCUGGUUCAGAGACGCGUACGGGGAAUCAACCAGUGGGCCAAUUGGAAUCUCAAUUUCCUUGUGAAUCUAACAGGGCAGUUUCUGGUGCUCACAAGCCAAAACAAGAGUGUGGGGCAACGGUUCAACGGUCUUCAACUGUUGGUCGGGCGUGGAGGCCUGAUGAUGCAUUUCGGCCUCAAUGUUUACCUAAUCUAUCAAAGCAGCGGAGUUUCCCCAUGAAUUCUGACCGCCAUUAUUGUCGUCGGGCCAUGCCAUGCACUUGUAACAGUGUUAUAGCAGCACCAUUAUCAUGCCCAAUAUGUUAUGAGGAUUUGGAUUUUACGGAUUCAAAUUUUCUCCCCUGUUCUUGUGGAUUUCGGAUUUGCCUCUUCUGUCACAAGAGGAUCAUCGAGGAAGAUGGGCGCUGUCCAGGCUGCAGGAAGCAGUAUCAUCAUGAUCCUGUUGAAGGGGAAGCAACUUUGAGCGGAGGCAGCCUAACAUUCCGGUUGACUCGUUCUUGUAGCAUGAUUACAAGGUCUUAGGAAGAGUCAGUUAUUGUGAGCUAUGUACGUUCCAUGUUGGGUCUCUCACUUUUGCGUGUUUUGCAUGUCUGGUUACUGUUAGAUUUUGAUUUCUAGAUUUAGAAGUGGGUAUAGGGGAUGUGGUCUUGAAGCACCUCGACAUGAUCUACUUCUACUAUGAGUUUGGUUCUUUUCUGUAUUGUGCCUGUGCUAAUGUAGAUUCAUGUUGGUUAUGUGAAUAGAUAAGGUGGUAUAGAAAUGGAAUACAUAAAAAUUGAUUACAGUA